GUGGACUUCUUGACGCUGAUGGUAUUCUUCCAUGUUUUGAUGGGUGCCAUUGACGAGGAGGCGCAGUGCCUGCACAGCCUCUCGGCGACGACGCAGGGCGGCGACCGGGACCACCUCGCCCCGGAGGUUCCAGCGGAUGGUGCCGCGGACGCUCACGGGCGUCCCGACGAUGCGGGAGGCGUCCUUAUGGACGCAGCCGCAGGACGUGCCCGGCCACCCGCGGCCUUCAAGUCGCCGAGGAGCCCGAGCGGCAGCGCCGGCGCCCUCGCCGCCAUCUCCGAGGAGGGCAGCAGCGAGGCCAGCGACGGCGAGCGCGGCACGGCCCCGAGGGGCGCCGACCCCGUGGCGGAGGCCGCGGCCGAGGCCGCGGCGGGGGCCGACCCGGAGGGCAGACGCAUCUGCGGGCUGCUCAUGCGAUUCGACCCAAGGCAGCUGCGGGCGGAGUUCCAGCAGCUGUACCUCAACCACGGGCCCAUCGGCAUGCACCACGGGGCCGGGGCGCCGCACUCGCCCAGGGCGCCGGGCGAGCCAGGCGGCGCGUCCGACGCCCGCGGGGUGCAGCAGCAGGGCCAGCCGGCCGACCCCGCCGCGCAGGCGAGGCGGGUGAGGGUGGCCACGGAGCGCAUGCGCGUGCGCCACACGAUGGCCGAGGCGAAGAAGGAG